AUGGCAGACCUAACGAGCCCGAUAAACCAUUCUGGCCAGGUGGCGAAGUUUAACAUGUAUUCGGUAAAAUGUGGUUAUCAGCUGGCUUUGAACUUAAGGUUGAGGUCUGAGGCGACUUCGUCUGCUCCGUAUGCUGGAUUAUGGAAAUGGAUAUGGGGGCUAGAUGUUUUACCUAAGGUCAGGUUAUUCAUGUGGAAAUGUUUAGCCAAUGCUCUUCCUACGAAUCAAGCGCUCAGAAGUCGGUGCAUUGAUGUUGAAGCUCUUUGUAGAAGAUGUGGUGAACAUGAGGAGACUAUGGAACACGCGCUUCGUGAUUGUGCUUGGGUGGAGGCCAUGUGGUCUGUCUCACCCCUUCGACUUCAGCCUUUAUCGGGGAUUUGCUCGAUUCCAGCAUGGUUUGAGAUGAUCCGUAAUUGUCCCCACCGUGAGAUUCAUUCUCAAUUUGCGACGCUUGCCUGGACCAUUUGGUAUGCCAGAAAUUUGCUGGUUUUCCAACAGAAGGAUUUGAAUCACGUGGAUUGUCUUGCAACUGCUACUCGAGCACAAUGGGUGGUACCGAUGGUUGCGUCUUCACAUCAGAACCAGGAGCAUAAAGUGAGCUGUACUCGGGUGGGACAGAUGAAGCUCUCGACUGAUGCAGCGUUGGAUGAAGGAGUCGGAAUUGGAGUGGGUGUUGUGAUGAAGGACGGGGAAAACGGUGUUGUAAGCUGCCGUCUUGGGUUCAGAGCUGGUAUUUACUCGGUCGUCGAAGCUGAAGCUUUAGCUAUGCUUGAAAGCUUCUAUCUGUGCAGGGAACGUGGAAUUACCGAUGCUAUCUUUGAAACGGACUGCCAAGCUUUAUACUGGAUGUUGAUGAAGCGUGAGAAUGAUCUUUCAUAUCUUGGAGUUACUCUACGUUCGAUUUAUGCUUUGAUGAGUUCUUUUCGUCAUGUGGCCUUCAGUUGGACUUCUCGCGAAGGUAAUGAAAUUGCAGAUAGGCUUGCUUCUUAUGCUCUCUGUAAUGCUCUCCCUUUUGUUUCUGUUGGAGAGUUGCCACCUGAUGUAAACCCUUCCUGA